GCUGCGGGCAGCCUAUCGGCUCCCGGCUCCUUGCGCGGCCCGGCGGCCGCGGCGCACAGGGAGCGGGCGGGCUAUGCGCGCCGCCGCCCCGCUCGCAGCCGGGCAGAGCCAUGAACCUGGGUGAUGGACUAAAGCUUGAAACUGAAGUGCUGGAUGGAAAGCCUAGGCUAAUUCUAGCUUCUUCUGAUCAAUCAAAGCCUGCAAUGCAGAUGGGUCAUAAAGCCAGAGCACCUAAACAGGCGUUGAGAAUAAGGCAUACUGGGCGUGUUCUGAGGUCAACACAAAAUGCUUGUAUCAAGCAGGAAAACUUAACAAAACCAAGGAGUGAAUCAAGCUUAUCAAUGACGAAAGGUGAAAAACUGCAAGUUACUAAACACUCCUCACAUGAAGCUGCAACUAAAGAUUACUCUUUGAUUUUCCAAAGAGAUAGCACAAGCAGAUACCCUGAUUCAGAGAAUCCUGAUGUUAAAAAAAGUCAACAGAAACUUCAAAACUCAUGUGUAUCAGCUGAAGACCUAAGAAGUUUGGUAUGCUUAACACAGGAACAGCUUCAGCAGAUUUUGAUGCUUGUAAAAGAAGGAACUAGAAGCAUCUCUGAAACUCAUAAUGAAAAGCAAGAGGAAAUGGCUCCUAAUGAGGCAUCAGAGGAAAACAUUAUUGCCUUGCUCCAAAAAGCUUGUAAAGUUUCAUCUGUUCCAGAUAAGGCUAACUCUGAUUCAAGCAGGAAACAAGAAGCAUGUCCGCAGCCAGGACAGAAAGUUACAAAGGAUUCAUGGAAGCCUGCUGACAUGUUUAGUACCUUGGGUGGAAAAGAAGGGGAGAAAGCCUUAUUAGAAUCUAGGAAGACCCAAUGGAAGAAGGAAUUAGAUGAACAGGUAGCACUGAAGAAGAAACUGAAAGAAACUUUGGAGGGAAAGGUGGGUUAUUUCUGGGCAAAACCUGGCAAUAAUGAAACCCAUAAAGAGAAAGUGGAAACAACUGACCCAGAUAAGACAGUGUUUCCAGCUGAGUCAAUUAUUACCAGUGAGGAAAACUCUCUCUGUACAACUUCUUCAACCACAGAGUCCAAUAAAGUUCCACUGAAUGUUUUAAGUGUUCCAGCUGGGCAGUCUUCUGACUUACCAGGUGUCAGUUGCACAGCGUUUGUUUUUGGGGAGGCCGUGCCACAGGAACGACCUUUUAGCACACUGAAGCAUGAGCAACAGAAGAAGUGGCUUGAAGAGCUGGAUAAACAGAAGGAAGAAGCUAAGCUACGAAAAAUAGAAGAAAAACUUAAUUUAACAAAGGCUGAAGAGCAUGACAGAUGGGCAAUGCAUUUUGAUUCUUUAAAGAACCACCUUAAUGCUAAUACACAACAUCCCGUAAAUGGAAUGUACAAAAACCAGCAUGAAAGUCUUUGCCUGUCACCUGACCCUAAGGAGCUGACUGCUUUUGUUCACCCUUUUUCACCUGCAGCUUUAGGCAAUCUCAUGCCCUUAAAGGUGGGAGAUGCAGAAAAAGCUGCUAAAAACAGUGCUCCAGAACACGGUCAGAAAGUCAGUUUCCUCCGUUCAAUGACAGCUCUCCUGGACCCUGCACAGAUUGAAGAGAGAGACAGGCGGCGGCAGAAACAGUUAGAACAUCAGAAAGCAAUUAUGGCUCAGGUAGAAGAAAAACGGAAGAAGAAACAACUGGAGGAAGAGCAGAGAAAAUGGGAAGAACAAGAAGAAGAACAGCGCCUAGCACAAGAAAAAGAACAAAUGCAGAAACAAUUUGAGGAAGAUACACUGAAACAAAAACAAAAGGAGGAACUCAUGACUCUUAAAACAAAUGAGCUCUAUCAGACAAUGCAGAAAGCUCAAGAAUUGGCACAGAGAUUAAAACACGAGCAGCGCAUUCGAGACUUGGCUCAGAAGGGACAUGACAUUUCAAAACUUCAGAAGAACCUUGGUGGUGAUACAGAAUUUGAAAAUUCUAAUACUUGCCUUUCACAUCGAAGUCAUAAUUUUUCUGGUGACAUUAAGAGUCAUAUUGAUGCACAGACUUCUCCUCGGAAAGACACUGCUGUACAGACAGAUUACUUUAAUACUUCAGCAUACACUGAGUCAGCUGAGGAAAGAACCGUGUGUUGUGGAUCUCCUGAUAUAUCCAUAGGAUAUAAAGAAACCUCUAACAGCAAAAAAAGCCAGAAGGACAUGCAGUAUAUAGAUAAAAAUAAAAUUUCAGGAAAAGAAACUGGUGGCAUAUACAGUGAUCUAUAUGAACAAUAUGCAAGAAAAGACAGACAAAUUAAACCUUCAGAAAAAUACAGCAAAAGACCUGACUGGAAUAUAAACAAGCCUGGGAAAAGAUACAUUCCAGCAUCAGAAAGAUACCCUAAACAGCUACAGAAACAAAGGGAAGAAAACAAAGUGAGACGACAAAUGGAACUGCUUCAGCUGGUAGAAAGGAAUACCCCUGGGAAUCUCUGCCCAAAAAAGGGCAGUUACUCAGACAGGUCUCCUUCACCUCACAAAGAAAUAAAAAUGAAGAAUAAGGGACAUAGAGUCAGAAAGGAAGAACAGUUACAUGAGAACCAUUUGAAUGAAGAAAGAUCUGAGUCGCCACCUGUUCCAGCAGUUAAAAACAGAUUACACCAAGGGCAACAAAAACGGAUACUUGCUUCUGAUUUCCUGGAGCUUAACAACAAUAUUAGAAGAGAGAAAAAUACCAAGACAGCUACCCAGCAGAGGAGCUCUUCUCCUCCUGUUACAGACCCCUUUUCACAAUUUAUUCCGUAUGUUCGAACAAACGAAGUAUAUUAUCUUGAUCCAGAUGCACCAGUGACUAGACCUUCAACAUAUGACCCCCAGUAUCGACAGUUUAAUGAUUCUUGCCAAAUGCCACGACACAUUUUUAGCUCUGAUCACAUUAGAGACCCUCUUCUAAAUCCUGAUGUAGUUAAAAUCAGAGAGAGACAACAAGCAAUUCUCAAAGGACUGUCAGAAUUACGCCAGGCUGGUUCUGCGGGACCUCUCCUCCCUUCCACACCACCAGGAAUACCGUGUCUGAAUUAUUGUGGUACCCGCUGGCUUGCGUUGUCUUCUGCUGAGCUCUGCCAGCAGCCUUGUAACCCUUAUCUUCUAACGGGAGCACUGCUCUUACAGCUCUUCCAAACUGCCUUGGUACCAGAUUACUGCUGAGAGGUCUGAAAUGGAUAGAGCCCAAGGGGCAGGUGUGUCAACAUUUAUGAUCAUAUUUCAGUAAAAAGAUGUAUUUUACAUUUAUGAAUGUACCUGACAUAGCCCUGUCAGGUGUUCCUUACCACACAGACAAGGACACGCUUCCAGAAGUUGUUUUAUUACAGGUUUUCUCCAUCGCGUAGUACUUAGGAGAGCCAUGAACAAACCAGGAACCUUUUCCCUUUUGAGAGUGAGUACGCAUAGCCGAAAAUGCCUGACACGUUCUACUUCAAAUGGUAAUGCUGGCCUUUCUCUUAAGAGUAUAAUUUAUGUUAAGAGUAAAAGCUGGUACCCAUCGAGGUUUUGGGUUCAGCUGCACACAAUAGGCUAGGGUACUGCAAGUGCAGUGACAGCACAGAGGGGUGAGCAGGCUGAAUUUAACACAAGGGAAGAAUCCUCUUUCCAGGGCAGAGACACCCCUGGAAGCCCAGCUGGCUUCCACCUCAGUCACACCUCCACGUCCCUUGCAGAAGACGGGAACUCUCAAGUUCCCUCUCUACUGAACGUAUUACAGUGCACUGCUUUUUAAAACAGACAACGUAAAAAAAAAAAAAAAAAAAAAAUUGAGCCUUAACAAGAAAUAGUUUUAAAGUAUGAAAGAGUGACACUUUAUUACCUCAGGCUGCACGAGGAAGACAAAACAUUCACAUUUAUAUUCCAUUUAUUUCAGGGCCUCCUGCAGAAGCAGAAGGAGUUGGAAACUGCCCUGAUUCCCACCAUGGCUCAGGAAGAGAACUUUAUUUUGCCAUUUUGAGAGAUACAGAUGAAUGUUCUAGAAUUCUUAAACUAUUAAUGCACGGCACUUUGUUUGCUACUGUAAUUAAUUAUGAACAGUCUCUUUUUUAUGAAAGACCUAAAUUAUGCGAAUUUUGAUAGAAUACAGGGUCAUAUUGCUUUUUAUAUGCAAGUUACGUUAAGCUAAUGAUGGUGUGCCUGUUUAGAAUAGUCUUCAUGCUACCUGUCCAUUUAACAUAAACCACCAAAACACAGUAUAAAAAAUGUUACAUGGGUGUUUGUAGAAUUCAGCGUAUGUAUUUUGAUAAAUAAAAAGAUUUAUUCUGAA